CACUGUGGUUUACGGUUUUUAAGCUCAGGCAGCUAACGGCUAACGGUUGUUUUUAGCUCAGUUAGCCCGCUGCUAGCAGGAUGCUAACGAUGGAGCCCGAAGAAGAAGCAGCGUUAGACCCUGAAGAUGUCGAGCGGGCCAAGGCCUUCUGGAGCGAGGAGGAUGUGGACCAGGUGUUUCAGGGGGUCUUUGAGUACCUGGAUCACCUGAAGAGUGUCCUGAAGAAGAACACGGCCACUGAUAAAGAGUACGUUCAGGGUCUGAAGCUGCUGGAGUCUCUCAACUGUCCUCAGGCGUCCAAUCAGGACUCGUCUGUGGUCCAGGUGGUCAUUGGCUCAGGUGAGCUGCUGCCGGCUCAGUUCCCCCACACAGCGCCCCCCCCCCCCUCCCCUCCCCCCACAGGCCGAGAGGAGCUGCUGCGACCUCUGACCCCCCUCCACCUGCAGUACCAACCCCACCCCUGCUCCCAGUUGUGCCUGCCCAGUUUACCCAGCAUGCCUCAGUCCGCCCCUCCCUUCUGGGGUCAGAACCCCCUGAAGGUCCCGCUGCUCUGCGGCUUUAAGAGGCUGAGCGCCGUGCCCAUGAUGUCAUCGAGAGUGGACGGCGAGGGGGCGGACCCUGCCGUAAGUGAGGAUGGGAUGGAGGACAGUGUGGAGGACUGGGACGUCGUCUACAAAGCCCCAUGUGGACAGAGUCUCCGUAACCAUGACGACGUGAUACGUUUCCUGUUGGCCACUGAGAGCUACGACAUCCUGCAGGUGGACUUCUUCACCUUUAACCCGUCUGUCCGGUUGGACCCUCCCCCGCCGGUGGGCCCACGGCGACCUGAGAUGGACCUGAGCCGGGGGUCAGAGCCCACGCCGGUGCAGCUGUGUGUCGGGGACGGCGGCGUCCGGCCCGCUGACUUCCGCUAUAGGAAGGAUCGCUGGCCACACGGGUGCUUCCUGACGCGCGGCCCGGCGCUGUUCAGCGUCUGCUGCGACUGCACCGACGGCUGCAGCGACGCCAAGCACUGCGCCUGCGUGGCUGCGACCAGAGGAGGGCGCCACUACAGCCACCACCGGCUGACGGAGCCGAUACCGUCAGGGGUGUACGAGUGCGGUCCGUGGUGUGGCUGCGUCCGGGCGCGCUGUCAGAACCGGCUGGUCCAGAGGGGUAUCACAGUCCGCCUGCAGGUCUGUCAGACCGAUGGGCGUGGCUGGGGUGUCCGUUGCCGUGACGAUCUGGACCGCGGCACGUUCGUGUGCAUGUACGCAGGUGUGGUCCUGCAGAAGGUCCAGAAUCCCACUGAGGCUCUGCCCCCGAAGCUGACGAGGGCGGACCUCCCGUCAGACGAUGAGGUAGAGGUCGUCACCGAGUGGCUGGCCCCGCCCGUACUGGAGAGCCGCAACAGCCUGCUGGAGCCCCCCAAGUCCCCGCCCACCUCGCCGCCACUGCACGUCCCCGUCAUCCAGAGGCCUGUAGACACCGCCGCUGCUGCGGCGCCUCAGGACAGAGACAAGACGGUGCUGGUCGGCGCUCCGCCGCCUCCAACUCGUGCCGCCGUCCCGUUAGGUGACAGCUCGCCUCACAACUCGACAUCCUGCCGUGCGGUGGUGGCGGCGGUCCACAGCGUGAAUGGCAGCGAGACGAAGAAGAGUUUAAAGAGAACGCUGAAGGUGGACGACGUUUACGUCCUGGACGCCAGUAAGGAGGGAAACGUCAGCCGCUUCAUCAAUCACAGCUGCCGUCCGAACCUGUUCGUCCAGAACGUCUUCACCGACUGCCACGACCCCGCCUUCCCCGCCAUCGCCUUCUUCACCAGCAGGGCGGUGAAGGCCGGCACGGAGCUGACCUGGAACAGCGACGCGAGUUGCUGUUUGUGGGACAGUUGCUGGGGACAGUUCACCCUGGAGGAGCAGCUGUGUGUCGUCUGUGAGGUCGAAGGUCAAACUCACUGA